AUGAAGAUUAGGAUGAGGAGAGCCGAGGACUAUGCAUCUGAUAGUGCUGCUGGUGAUUCUGAUGACAAUUUGAAGAUUCUAUUGAUCUCACGUUCGACAACAAGCAUGGACAAGGACACGCGGGCAUGGAAAUCGUACGAGAGAGAAGGCCAAGAUGGAAAGAAGGAAGGAGGCUUUAAGAGAGUUUAUUUGAAUCAAGAGGGAGCCCCUGGUUCUCGGCGUGGAUCUCUGGUUUCUCUGACAGGUGCUGAUGCCCAUGCAGACCGUGAGUACAUCCAGGCUGCUGCUUUGCUGAGUCAAUCAGCUCUUUAUCCCAAGGAGCUUGUGAAUGAGCAUCCAGUUGGACCAGCUAUGGUCCACCCAUUGAAACUGCAGCUAAAGGACCAAGCUGGAGAGAUCUUUCCGAACCAGGACUCAAGCCUGCCUUGGCUGUUGGGGUGGGACUUCAAAAACUUCAGCAGCGAGGUUUCGUCUCAACCAUCCUCUCACGCAAAGAAUGGCUUUAGAGAAGAAACUAUCAAAUCCAAUGAGAGAGAUCGAGGUCCGAAGUUGGUCCUAAACAUCUCCGUCGGUGAAAGUGGAGAUCGUCUCACUCGUGCCGCCAAGGUGCUUGAGCGGCUUAGUGGUCAAAGCCUAGUCUUCUCCAAGGCUAGGUAUACCGUUAGAUCUUUUGGGAUCGGGCGUAACGAGAAGAUUGCUUGCUAUGUGAUCGUGAGGGGAGACAAGGCUAUACGAUUCUGCUGA